UGAGCAAUGGGGGGAGGGUCCGAGUACUAGAACGACAUUGCCACGACAUGACUCAUCUCUGCCGCUGCAUCGCUCUUCUUCGAUGCAGCUUCGUCAGGGGCAGACAUCUCAGGACCAUGGCACGGGCUUGGAUUCGAUGCCCGAGCAGUUUCUUUCCCCUAACCCAUAUGCGUAUACAGGAUAUGAUGCAUACACCCAAGGUGAGGGAUCUCAGCCGUAUCUCUCCACGCGAGGGAUCCCCAUGCCCGAGGAGACUCAUGUACCAGAUUUAAACCAGCACCACGUACAAUGGCCAGACAGUAUAGGAGAGGGAUAUGCUCAGGACACACCUGAUGUUAAUUGGGGCGAUGAGAACACCCAACGCGGCGUCAACACAGGCCUCCGGGGAGCAUCACAUGAUCAUGGCGUCAACACAGGCCUCCGGGGAGCAUCACAUGAUCUUGGCGACACGGUUACAUCAUUAGUUACAGAGUUCUUCGGAGGGGACGUUAUUGGCCCAUCUUUUAUCCCCCCGGAGUCACAACCAUACGCCUACAAUUACGCUUCAGGUUCGCAACAAGGAUUCGCGACUCCACCACCUACGCAGGACUCGCAGACACAUGAAGCCGAAUUGGAGUACGGCCGCGGUCUUCGUGUGCCCCGGCCACCUAAUCGCUUGUCGCCUUCCGGUCGUAAGGAAAGGCCAGGUGGUCGUCGUAAAGUAGGGUGAUUCAUCUAUGCACGUGCGCGACCCAUUGUAUCUACAUAUGUGUGUAUCAGACUUUUCAAUUUGAACAUCUAUGUAUGCUGAAAUAAAAAUGCACCAGUCAGGAACAAUUUUU